AUGGGCGGGCAAGGAACUGCAAAUUAAGGGGCGCGUCAAAGAAAGUCGGAUCAGUUGUUCCGGGUGGGGUACAAGAACUCUGUGGGAGGAUUAAAAAAAGCCAAAUUGCCAUGCAGCUUCCCAACAGGAACAACGACUUCCUCUUCGUGGACUCCACUUUCCCGCGUGAGGGCGUGUUGUGCGGAGCAGAGUGGAAACGGCCGCAGGAGAUUUGUGACCGUCCCCAAUUUAUAAUUGAUGGCACUUCUCGGAUGGAUGUGUGCCAAGGCAAGAUCGCAAAUUGUUGGUUCCUGUCAGCAGUCACAUCACUGACAUUGCACAAACAUCUGAUGGAUAAGGUGGUGCCCCCAGAGCAGGGCUUUGGUGCUGGUUACAGUGGAAAAUUUACCUUCAGGUUCUGGCAGUAUGGUAACUGGCAAGAAGUGGAAGUUGAUGACUUGCUGCCUACAGUGGAUGGCAAACUGCUGUAUCUUCACUCUGGCGAGCGGAACGAGUUCUGGAGUGCUCUUCUGGAGAAAGCCUAUGCUAAGCUCAAAGGUGGAUAUCAUAAUUUGCAUGUUGGCUAUCCGCAUGAGGCCAUGACAGACAUGACAGGAGGAGUGACAGAGAUAUUCCACCAAGAGAAUAUUCCAGCAGACUUUGUCCGUUUUUUGCGGCAGCAACUUGACAGGGGAUCCCUAGUAAACUGUGCAAGUUCCCAAGGUGGGUUUGAACAACUGAGCAGGAGCGGCAUCUUGUUCCAGCAUGCCUAUGCAGUUACAGGGAUGGAGCAGGUUCAAACACCAGAAGGCAAAGUUGACUUGGUGCGAGUUCGGAAUCCAUGGGGAAACACAGAAUGGAAUGGUGCAUGGAGUGAUGACCAUGGUGAGUGGGAUAGGAUUAGCCCAGCAGAGCAAAAUCGGUUGCAGAGGGUCAAACUAGAGGAUGGCGAAUUCUGGAUGUCUGUACAGGAUUUCCUGAAGACUUUCAAUGAGCUGGAGGCAUGCCACCUGGCCAGUAGCAGCCUAUCAGAUGCUGGAUCUAAUGUGAGGCCUUGGACAUGUACAAUGCACAAUGGCCGCUGGGUGAAAGGAAUCUCUUCUGGAGGACCUCCUCAGGCCUGGGGGAACUUCCCAGGUUACUCCCAGUCUCCUGUAUGUAGAUCUUAUUGGCUGAAUCCACAGUUCCGACUGACACUUCUUGAGGAAGAUGAUGACCCUAAUGACACAGAGAAGGCAUGCAGCUUCCUGGUCUCUUUGAUGCAGAAACACGGACGGCGUUUGGGUGCUCCACUUAGUAUUGGAAUUCAUAUCUACCAGGUCAGCCCUCAACAGGCAUACCUGUCACCAGCUGAUCUGACUUCAUCACGCCCUGUCCUGAUGGUGCCCAAUUACUGUGACAGACAGGAAGUUGUAAUUCGUGGCCAACUUGCACCUGGAGAAUAUAUCAUCAUUCCGUCUACUGCUCUUCCUGAUCAGGAAAGAGAAUUUCUCUUGCGUGUUUUCACAGAGAAAGGCAACUGGGUAAACACUGCUGACAAAGCUUCAUCAGAGAAAAGUGUCCAGGCUGUUGUUCCAUUGCUGUCAAAGGCUUUACCUACUGUAGAUGCUGCUAAUGAACUCUUCACAAAAUUUGCCUCUGCUGAAGGACGUUGUGGUGCUGUGCAACUCCAGGCUCUGCUGCGAGAAGCUGUCCAGGGAGGAGUUCUCUCAGGCACUGCAGAGCUAUUCAGUGUGGAGCGCUGCAAAACUUUAGUCUCACAAGUGGAUAAACAUGGAUUUGGACAAUUGGACAUGGAAGAUUUUAAGGACCUGUGGGAGAAAUUAAGAAGAUGGACGGAUAUAUUUGUCACUUUUGAUAAGAACCAGUCUCGUUCUCUUGACUACCCAGAGAUCAUCAUGGCACUACAAGCAGCAGAUCUACAGGUAGAUGACUUUGUGCUUCAACUUAUUGGAGUGCGCUACACUGAACCAGACCUGACGGUCAGCUACCCAGCCUUCCUGUGCUUCAUGCUUAAGCUUGACACCAUGAUUCGAAAGUUCCAGUCAUUGGACCAGGUUGGAACAGGAAUUGUGAGCCUUAACUACCGGCAGUGGCUGCAUUUGACCAUGUACAGUUGAAUGAGCAUAGCUUCCAUAAGCACCCCCAUGGAAACAACUGUAAUGACGUUUGUGGAGAAAUAAUU